AACCGUUAAACAAAGAUGGCGUCCUUUUAUGCUCUAUUUUACUUGAUGCUUGUGAAUAUUGUCAUAAACAAUAAAUUAAUUGCUUCGGAGAAUAAUACGUCCUACAACUUGAGUACGACGGUGUAUCCUGAUCAGAACAACACAUUUAACAUUACAGAUGUUUAUACUCCCACAGAACCUACGCAGUUUGAGUCAACAACCCGAAUCUCAACCACGACCUCCAGCAUCAGCACCGAGCCUCCAGAACCAGACCUGCCUGAGGAUCCCUUGCCCUUAUCCGGCCAACUUCUCCAACCUGCCACUAGUGUGGCACUAGUGUGUCCAUGCGAUAUGGACAAAGAUAUGUGUGACAUAAACUGCUGCUGCGACAAAGAGUGUGGUCCUGAGCUGGCUCUGUUCACCAGCUGCUCCGUGAACACUGUCAGAGGCAGUAAGAGGCUGUGUAACCAGGAUGUGGCCUCCUACUCAUUGAGUACUACAAUAGAUGGCUACUCAGAGCUACAGUCAUCUGUACAGAAUGACAAGAAUUAUGAUCCUUUUUGUAUUUAUUUUGCUAAUCGGAUUGAAGGGCUGUAUCACCACCCACCACCAGCUCUACCAACAGACAGAAACUUUGACUCUCUUUUUGAAAAGUUCACCAGUUUUACUUUCAGCCCAGACAGUGGGCAGGGAUCUGCAACAGAGCCACAGACCUCACCUGGAUAUCAGUAUGGGGAUAUUAUGCAAACUACAGUGGCCAAUGGACAGAGAGACAUUUUUUAUCUUCCAUCCUCUGGUAUUACUAUGGACUGUGUGGAUAGAAACCCUGCAGCUUUCCUGAACAAGCAAAAUAAUCGCUGUUCGAGGCGUGUGGACCUUCAGCAGGACUGUGAGAGCCUUCCAGCUCUGAGCAUAGACACAUAUAUCAACAUCCAAGUCUUAUCUGGGAAAUCUAUUGAUGCAACACUUGUUCCUGUGGAAGUGGCAUCUAUAGUAAUGCAGUCUUUGGAAGGUGCUCAGAUUGAGGUGCAGUUCAGUGAAGGAGAUUUUCUUCCUGUUCUUCUGAACCCAAGUUUGUGUGCCUAUGUGGUGUUAGAGGUUGCAUAUGUGGUCAAGUACAAUUCUGCUGGAGAGAUCGUUAAUGUGGCUGCAUCUUUGGUGCUCGGAUAUGUACAAGACACCCCUAUGUCUUUUGAACAAAUCUUUGAGAUGAGGUUUUCUGAAGACAAUGGACUUAAGGUGGCUGUCCAGUUCAGUGGGAAUCCUGGUUAUGUGGUUGGAUUGCCGCUUAUGUCUGCAUACAAAACACCAGAAGGUCUUUCUCGAAGCAUCAAUCCCAAAGACACACUGUCCCUUUUGCAAAGCUCAAUAGACCAGGACUGUCUGCAGGGUCCACAGCUGCGAUCUCAAAUUUUAUUUGGGCAUGAUUCUGUAACCGGUUGUACAUUGAGACUGGCUGAUGUAACAAAUUGCAGACUAAUCUCUCAAGUGUUACUAGAUAUUCUAAGAGGACAAAAUUAUCCCCAGUUUGUGGCAUCUUUUGGAAAUUCUCCCAUAGAGAAAUCACUAGACUGGGUGGCUAUCAAAAGAACAUUUAAUCCACAGGACUCCGAAGGCUGUGGCAUUCCUCUGUCACUUCAUUUAGAAAUUGAAUGGACCAAAUACGGAACCCUGGUGAAUCCUCAGGCACAGAUUGUAAGCGUCAAAGAAAUUAUUCACACUAACACCAGUGAGUUGGCCCUGCUGUCCGGAGGAAGCGCUGUUUUACCAGUCCAAACAUCAGUGGCUUUCAUCUCAGUGUCUGCUCCUGCUACUCCUAGAUACAGAGUCAUGCCCACAAUUGAUGCCAAAUUGCCUUUUGACUUUUUGUUCCCUUUUGAAUAAUACAUGUACAAAUAGCAACAUUUUUCAAUUAACUCAGGGGCAAAAUUGUUUAAUGGCAGCUUAUUACGUGCGCAUUGUAUAAAUAGUUUUGUUUACACGUGACACGUGUUUAUGACUGAAAAUAUAAUAUUUAUUUUAAUGUAAAUAAAUCAAAUGUUAUAUAUAUA